ACAGGUAGAUGGAACAGUAGCAGAAUGUAUAACCAAACACUUUAAUAACGAAAUACCUGUAGUGGCUGGUGUCAUAUUUGAUAGAGGGAGAGAACCAUGUCCAUCACUGUCAAUCUAAAGAGGAUCACUAACUUGCCGGGAAAAUAUGAUCGCAAAGUCGAGCUCUCUUUCAGGGGUUUUACACAUAAAACCAAGAUCCUUCAGUGUGAGAACCUCGCCAUCUUCAACGAGCACUUCCGAUGGCCUCAUUAUGGGAAGAUCAUCAGAGACGAGGUGCUGUCCAUCAGCGUCUACAACUGCAGCAAGAUGUUCAGCCACCGGUUGCUGGGGAAACUGGUGAUCAGUCUGCAGCAUGUGGUGACAGCGGGGAGGCUGGUGCUGAGGGAACGCCUCACAGAUGCUCACUACAGCCUGACCGAUGUGUACGUGGAGCUGGACAUCAGGUAUCACCCUGUGCAGGGGGCAGCCGGAGGAUGGGAGAGUGCAGACUUCCUGACGGUGGAAGAUGCAGAUGAUUCAGCAUUGGUCAUCAGAAACACAGGCUUUGAUGAUCCCAGCUCAAAGCAGCCACCACGACCAUCACAAAAAAUGGACCAGGAGGCCCGUACCCUUGGACGGAGUUUGAUCAGAACGGGUGACGAAGAUGAGGAUGAUGAGGAUGACGACUACGAUGAUGAUUAUGACAUGGCUGACAUGGAGUCUGCCAACAUCACCUUCACCCCCAUCCUCAGUCGCUGUCGGCCUUUGUCAAAACAUGAGCUUGCAGCCACACCCAAACUGCAGACCUUUCAGGUAAAUGUGAACGUGAUUGAGGCUCAGAACCUGGUCGGGGUGAACAUCAAUCCUGCCGUCUACGUGACAGUAGGUGAUGAGAAGAAACACACGGCCACACAGAAAUCCACCAACUGCCCCUUCUACAAUGAGAACUUCAUGUUUGAAUUUCAAGAGACUCAAGCGGUGUUGUUUGAUAAAGUCAUUGAGAUAUCAGUUGUUCACAAACGAACACUGGCAUUUCUGAUGACCCGCAUCGGUACCUUCAAGAUUGACAUCAGCACUGUCUACAGUCAGCCAGAUCACCGAUUCUACCAGAAGUGGGCCCCUCUGACUGACCCCAAAGACACGCGCACGGGGGUCAAAGGUUACGUGAAGUGCACAGUGAGUGUGCUGAUGAAGGGUGACCCCAUGGGCCUGGCCAGUCUUCCCCCCGUCAGCAGCCAGAAUGACGACAUUGAAAAGAAUCUUCUCCUGCCUAAGAGAAUGCCAGCGGAGCGCCCAUGGGCCAAGUUCCUGCUGAAGAUCUACAGAGCCGAGGGCCUGCCCAGCAUGACCGCAGGCUUCAUGGGCGGCUUCUCCAAGAUGAUGAAGGAGAAGAAGGUCUUCAUAGACCCUUAUGUGCAGGUCACAUUUGCUGGUCAACAGGGCGAGACGUCGGUGGAAGACAACACCAAUGCCCCAGAGUGGAAUGAGCAGAUCUCCUUCAUCGAGCAAUUCCCUCCUCUCGCCCGACGCCUCAAAGUCCAGAUUUUGGAUGAUGCCAACUUUGGGGACAUUGCUGUGGCCACCCAUUUCCUGGAUCUACAACAGAUCUCCAACCACAACAGGAAUGGGUUCAACCCAACCUUCGGCCCCUCCUGGAUCAACCUGUAUGGGUCUCCCCAAAACUCGACCCUGAGGGACAUCCACAGGGCCCUGAACGAGGGACUGAGCGACGGUAUCUUCUACCGGGGCCGGCUGCUGCUGUCUUUGAGUGUGGAGGUGUACUCAUCUCCCUCUCCUGUGGUGGAUAGCAAGGGACUGGGGUCCUCAGUCAAGAGUGCCCUCGGCAAGCUGUCUCUCAAACGCAAGAGCAAGAAGUCCAAAGAGAAGAAAAAGAAGAAGAAAGACCAGGAUGUGGAGAUGGGCCGCAGCGGGCCUGCUGAGGACCAGGAUGAUGCUGGCUCAGAGGUGCCUGGAGCAGUCACUGUUGAGGUGGAGGAGAUACACCCUCUACCAGAGAACUUUACUGGAGAAAAAGAGGAGUUCCUGUUAUUUGCAUCUCUUUUUGAGGUGACCAUGAUUGAUCCAUCUAUUGGAAGCAAACUGGUGACUUUUGAAAUAUCUAUAGGCAACUAUGGUAAGGCAGCAGACAUUGUCGUUAAAUCCAAGAAGAGUGCACGCCAAGAGGACCCGAGUGAAGACAGACAGCCUCUCUUGGACUCUGAAGAUGAGCUAGAGAGAGAGGAUCUCUUGGAGAUCAGCCAACGUGACCGAUCUGUCACUGCACCCAGACGGCCCCAGAGCACAGAGUAUGACAGGUCCUUCAGCUGCAUCCCCCUCUUCCACGAGAAGCCCUGCAUAUACGUCUGGAACUAUUUUGAGGACCACAGCUUUCGUUUGCACAACUCCAACUGGCUGUCGAAAAUGGCUGACCGGCUGGAAUACGGCAUUGAUGAGGUGGAAAAGCUCUUCCGAAGGCCUCGGAGCAACGCUAAAGAACGGCUAAUGGAGGUGUUUCUGGAGUUCGUGGCAAGUUGCAAACAGUACGUCUCCAACACUGAGAGGAAGAGGCCGUCACGGCCCAACACCUUGGACAAAUGUCGCCAGGAGUUUGUCAAGAAGAACAUAAUCUUGUUAGCUAAGCAGUCCCUGAGAGCAAGGAGGAGAACCACCAGACGCACAGCCAAAGAGAGGCUGGCAGAUGCCAAGAGGAUCCUCAAUAGAGUUCGCUUUCUGGCUAAAGAGCCUCAGAGCACUCUGCCUGACGUGUUCCUGUGGAUGCUGAGCGGGGGCAGGCGAGUGGCCUAUGCCCGCAUCCCCUCCCACUCCAUCCUCUUCUCUCUGGUGGAGGAGGAGAAGGGGCGCGACUGUGGGAAACUCACCACCAUCUACAUGAAGACACCAGGAGCUCCUGUCGGCGAGGUGUUUGCCAAACUGGAGACGUACCUGUGGCUCGGCGUCACCAAAUACGCCAAGAACUGCGUGAGCAGCCUGCCAGAGGAGUUCCGGCCCGUGCACGAGGAAGCCAUCUCUGGCACGCCCAUCCCUCCCAACAUGCCCCCCAGCAAGCUGGCAGUGGAAGACAGCCGCUACUUCCAGCUGAGGGCUCACAUCUACCAGGCGCGAGGCAUCAUCGCCGCGGAUGACAACGGCCUCUCCGACCCCUUCACCAAAGUGGUGUUCUCCACCCAGUGCCAGCUCACCAGGGUGAUCGAGGAGACUCUGUCCCCUACGUGGAGUGAGCUGCUGUUGUUUGAUCAGAUCUUGAUGGAGGGCAGUAAGGCCGACUUCAGAGACGACCCCCCGAUAAUCAUUAUCAACCUCUACGACUACAACAAACUGGGCAGCCCCCAGUCUCUGGGACGAGCGUUUGCCAGCCCGGAGCUGAAGUAUGUGGAGGAGCCCUACAAGAAGCCCAUGCUGCAGUUCUUCGACAUCAGCAAGGGCAAGGUGAAGGCGGGCGAGCUGCUGGCGGCCUUCGAGCUUAUCGAGCUGGAUUACGCCAGCUUCGGCGAGCCUUCCCUUCCGGCGGACGUGGACCCCCGAGAGCCAGAGUACCUGGCGGAGGAGCGGCUCUUCAUCAUCCCAGAGGGCGUGCGGCCGGUGCUGCGCAACUUCAGGAUCGAGGUGCUGUAUUGGGGCCUGCGGGAUCUGAAGCGAGUGAAUCUGUUUGAAGUGGAGAAGCCCCAGGUGCGGAUUGAGUGUGCGGGUCAGAUGAUCGAGUCGGAGGAAAUCGAGAGCUACAAACUCAAUCCCAACUUCACCGAGAUGGUCAAGCACUUUCAUGUGGAGCUGCCCGAGCUGGUGUAUCUGCACCCUCCACUCACCGUCUUCGUGAUGGAGCAGCGGGCGUUUGGCCGGCUGGUGCUGGUGGGCACCCAUGUGGUUCAGAGCCUCAUGCACUUCGCCCCCCGAGAUCUGGAGGAGUGGAGGGAGGAAGAGGAGGACGAGCCCGAACCCCCUGAGAGGAAGCCUCCCAAGGUGGCCUCUACACCUCUACAUGCUGUGAUAAACAUGGAUCUGGGCGGACUUCCCCUGAAGGACUCCAAAAUCCCCAUCAACCCCAUUAAGUUGGUCAUGGCUCCUCUGAAGAAGGUGAGGAAGAAGGAGGAGGAGCUUGAAGAGGAGGAGCCAGAGAAAGAGGAGCUUGAUUGGUGGUCCAAAUACUACGCAUCGCUAGCGGAGCUUGAAAAACAGGAGGAGAAGGACUUAGAAGACAUGGAGGACCAACAAGAAGCAGAAGGAGGCAACCUCAACAUGUCCGCCCUGGAUGCUGAGGACGAUGACGUCAUGCCGAUUGAAAUCGAACCACCAAAGCCCAAGCGGAAAAUGAUCGCCACCCUCCAGCUGUACAAGUCUGAGCUGGAGAACGAGUUCAGUCAGUUCAUGGACUGGCUGCACAUCUUCCCCAUCUACAAGGGCAAGUCCAACUUUGACGAGGAGGAGGAGGACGAGAGUGAGAGGACCAUGGGGAAGUAUAAGGGUUCAUUCCUGAUUUACCCCAUUGCUAAGGAGGAUGAGGAUGAUGACUGCCAGAUCACCAAUGGUGUUCCUAAAAACGCUCCCAUGAAAGUCCUCGUGAGAAUUUAUGUGGUCAAGGCCACUAACUUGGCCCCCACUGACCCCAAUGGUAAGGCUGACCCCUAUGUGGUGGUAAAGGUGGGACCACAGCACAUGGACAGCAAGGAACGCUACAUCCCCAAACAGCUCAACCCCGUCUUUGGAGAAGUGUUCGAGCUGACCGUGUCCUUCCCUCUGGAAACAGAACUCACUCUCAUAGUGUAUGACCAUGACCUGGUGGGGUCAGAUGACCUGAUUGGAGAAACACGCAUCGAUCUGGAGAACCGCUUCUAUAGCCGACACCGCGCCGGCUGUGGCAUAGCACUCUAUUAUGACAAGGAUGGCUACAAUAAGUGGCGGGACACCAAGAAGCCGUCGGCAGUCCUGGCUGAGCUAUGCCGCAAAAACGGGAUCCCUUCGCCGGAAUACCGGGAUUCAGAAAUCAAAGUGCUGAACAAGAUAUU